GACGGCUACGUGAAGUUUGAGGAAUGCUGGAGAGGCUUUAAGCUCCUUCGCCAGGACGUUUGCCAAAAGGCGGUCCGGACGAUCUUCCAACGUCUGGAAUCUGGUUGCGGCGGCGUCUCCCGUGCCGACUGCAAGCUUAUCUUCAACAUGCAGAAGUCCAGCUUGCGUUCAUUGGUGGACUUCGAGCAGAUGCAAUUGAGGGCAGCUGCUGGACCUGAGGACACAGAGUUCGAUUCCGAAUGCACCAAAGUCUACGAGUCCCUCGAGUCCGUGUAUGGCAAGAGGCUGCUUCAUCAUGCGGCGUCCGUGGCCGAGAGACUUGAGCUAGCGAAGACGCAGAACAUCUCGAUGCAACUCUACGAAAGCCGGAUUGCGUCCCUUCAGCGAGCAGUGGCCUUCUUUGUGAUGUUCCAUGAGAUGGCUGCAGCAGUUGCUGACUUUUGGUCUUUCGUGAGCUUUGGCUUUCUGGGCUACCGGAUCGACCGAACCCAGUCGAUCAUGCGCGUUGCCACGACGGCUUCGCCGGUGAGCGGAGCAGACGUGCGGCACAUGCUAAUCGAGCUGCGCAUUCAGGGCAGGUUGGCACGGAUGAAGGUCUUGCUGAGAACUGCAAUCCGCAACUGGCGGCGUCGGAAGAGUCUCCGCAUGCAGUUCGAGCGAGUGUACGAGCUUGGUUAUUCCACAAAGCAGCCUUUUUUCAAGAGUCCUCCUCAGAAUGGUGUACUUUCUGCUGCUGCUCCCCGCAACAGCCGGGCUUGCAGCCAGUUCGCACAGACCCCUGUACAGCCUGUGCCUGUGCACCCAGAAUUGAGUUCCGGAGUCCGCGUGCACGACAUUUAA